ACAUGACCAUUGAAACAGAUCAGAAGAAAGAUGGGCAACAACUUUUCAGAGUAUACCUUUAACGUGGGCCAUGGAUACUUGGAAGGGCUCCUCCGAGGCUUCAGAUCUGGGAUACUGGACAGGACUGACUACCUCAAUCUUGUUCAGUGUGAGACCAUUGAAGAUCUAAAGAUGCAGCUAGCUGCUACUGAUUACGGUAAUUUUCUACAGAGUGAGCCCUCACCUAUACCAGUAACAGUGCUUGAUGAGAAGCUCAAGAAUCAUUUGGUGAUACAGUUCCGAUACAUAAGGGCCCAUUCAGUUGAACCUCUCUCCACCUUUCUUGAUUACAUAACUUACAGUUAUAUGAUUGAUAAUAUUAUUCUCCUCAUUACGGGUACUCUCCAUCAAAGACAAAUAGCAGAACUACGUGCAAAAUGUCAUCCACUUGGCUCUUUUGAGGAAAUGGAGUCGAUUAACAUUGCUACCACUCCAGCUGAACUUUAUUCGGCAGUAUUGGUGGACACACCCCUAGGUCCCUACUUCAAGAACUGUAUUACUGAGACCGAUCUGAAUGAGCUUAACAUUGAAAUUAUUCGUAAUGCCCUCUACAAGGCUUAUCUUGAAGACUUUUACAAGUUCUGUCAGUCGCUUGGUGGAGACACAGCUGAAGUGAUGCAAACAUUAUUAGCUUUUGAGGCUGACAGGAGAGCCUUCAUCAUCACCAUAAACUCAUUUGGUACCGAGCUAACUCAAGAUGACAGGGAGAAGCUCUACCCGACCUGCGGUAAGCUCUAUCCAGAUGGAUUGACUAGACUGGCCAGAUGUGAGGACUAUGAAGGAGUGAAAGGAGUUGCUGAUAGCUAUCCGGAAUAUGCCAAUAUAUUCAAUGGUGCAGGCACCAAUCCUGGCGAGAAAUCCCUUGAAGACAAGUUUUUUGAGAGAGAAGUCCAUCUUAACAUCCAGUCCUUCAUGUAUCAGUUUCACUUUGGUAUAUUCUAUUCUUACAUGAAGCUUAUGGAGCAAGAGUCCCGCAACAUUGUCUGGAUUGCUGAGUGUAUCUCGCAGAGGCAGCGAUCAAAAAUAGACAACUACAUACCAAUAUUCUAACGUAAUAAUAAUAAUAUCAUUAUUGUUUUCAAAAACAUUGUAGUAAUAUUGAUAGCUAACGGAAUAGCAUCAAACUAAAUUAUUAUUUCUGUUUUGUGUAUGUGUGUGCAAGCAUGUUCAAAAUAGUUUUGCCGCCUAUUAUUAUGUUAUAUUAUUGUUUGUUUUUGCUGUUAUUAUUAAAGUAUUAAAUUUUGUUAUUAUAAUUAAUUAUUAGUCAGAGUAAUUAUAUUGAUGCUGGUAUUGUUUUAUUUUGUUGAUGUUAACUUUACUAUUAUUGUCAUGAAAAGG